GUCAAAAAAGAAAAAAAAGAACCGAAGAGCCUAUUGUGUUUGAUGACGAUGGCAACACUGAAUCGCUUCAUUCGGUUGUGUGCUGAAUGAGAGAGAGAGAGAGAGAGAGAGAGAGAGAGAGAGGGGGGGAGAGUGACAGCUAUCCGAUGUGCACAAACAAAUCAGUGACAGUUUAACGAGGAAAUUGUUUACGAUUUCUUUUUUUUCCACAGUCUGUUGACUGAAAUAUCUAGUGUAACGUAAUUGAAUUGAUUGAAAGUGAAACUUUUGCUGUCGAGUCACAAGCACAAAAGCAGCUGAAAUAUCACCAAAGCAACAAUUGGAAUAUUGUGAUAGAGGAACAAGUAAUGGAAUCGUUCAAUAAAAUUCACGAUUGUUGUGGAUCAGAUGGUGGAAACGGUGUUUUCGGACGAAUGGUACGGAAGUGCAUACAAGAGAUAACAUCGAUUGAGAAUCAUCUAUCAUUUAGUUUAGCGAUUGCAUUGGCCAUUUGCAUAUUCAUAUUCCUCAAAUGGCUUCAAAGAUGAUGGAUUUUCAGCGUGUCAUUCGUGCCAUUCCCUCUAUUCAGGCUGUUGUUGUAGUUGUUGGUCAUUUUACGCGAAAUUCGACGAAAACAUUUCCACUUUUAUUUCCAUGUAAAUAUUAUGUUGUUUAAAUUUUAGGAGCAAAAGAGAAUUGUUAAUAAAAUGUUGUAUCGGCUGAAAAUGGCUAUGUUUUAUUUGUAAUAAAAAUGCGUACUUUUUGGCAAACUGUGUGUGUGUGAAUCGAUGAACUCACGGUGUUGCGUUUCAAUCUCUUGCGAUUUAUUCCAGGAAAUCAUAUGCCAUGCGAUGUUUAAGUAAAUUUUGCUAUAAUUGGAAUACCUUGUGCUUAAUACCUAUAUUUGGAGAGCGAAAAAAAACAUGUUGUUAUCAUCGAUGUUGAGUCGUGCAGCGCGCUCGGCAAGCGACAUGGAAAAUCGUACACACUUUGCCAUAACAACCACUCGGAAUAUUUCAGCUGCGACAUAUAUCCAUCCACCUCAGUUUGAUAACGAGUGUUGAAGCAGCAACAGGUACUUUCGAACACUUCACUUGUUAGCUGUGAUUUGGUGGUGCUAUUAGUUCGACUUUAUCGAAUAUCGUUUCUUUGUUAUCCAGUUGCGAAAGCAACGUUCGGCGGGAAUUUCAAUUGUAUUGUCACUUGUGGUGUUUUACUUGGCGAGUGUGACUCGAAAAGGAAGUCACAAGAUGAGUAUGUCCGUUGAAUAUGACUAUCUGUUCAAAUUUCUGAUUCUUGGCAACUCAAGUGUGGGCAAAACGAGUUUUCUCUAUCAAUACACGGAUGGACAGUUCCGAUCCAACUUCAGUUCAACAGUUGGGGUCGAUUUUCGAGAAAAACGAAUGCUGUACAAAUCGAACAACCGUAACUAUAGGAUUCAUCUGCAGUGUUGGGACACAAGUGGUCAAGAAAGAUUUCGAAGCCUGACAACCGCUUUCUAUCGUGAUGCCGUGGGCUUUUUGUUAGUUUUUGAUUUGACAAAUGAGAAGUCAUUCUUGGAAGUGAUGUAUUGGAUGGAACAGCUUAAAGUACAUGCAUAUUGCGAUACGCCAGAUAUAGUUUUAGUUGGCAACAAAAUGGAUAUGGAGCGUCGAAGAGUGAUUACUGAGGUGCGAGCACGAAAUUUUGCCGAGAAAUACAAUUUACCAUACGUUGAAACAAGCGCAGUGACGGGAGAGAAUGUGAAAAAAGCGUUCGAAAUUCUUUUGGAUUUGGUUAUGGGCCGGCUGGAAAAUGCGGUAUUUCGUGCAAAACUGCCUGCCCAUGGGAAAUCUCGUAAGCUGUCGGCGAUUGGAAAUGGUUCAGCUAAUGCGAACAGUGAGGCGAAAAAUAUAACAAUUCAACACGCCAAAGACAUGAAGAAAUGUGCUUGCGGAUAAAUAACACCGAGACAAUAAUAAAAAAAAAAAAAAAUAAAAUUAUAUCUGAUAACAAUA